CGUUGCGGAAGUGCUGCUGCACGUGUUUUUUAAGCGCUGUAUUGCCGCUCUCAUGCUUAGUUUAUCAGGACCGGGAUCAUUCUAUACUCUUAGUUAAUUAGGUUUUCUUGAUCAAACCAACAUACACAAUGUCCGGGGCCAAAGACAGAAUGCGACAUAAGAAAAUGAGAAAUCAGCCUAGUAACGUUACUUACUCACAGUGGCGUGACAGCACAGGUCGCAGUUCCGAUUCUCCGCAACAGCACAUGAGGGGGCCGCUACAGCACCCCAGCGGUUGGAAGAGGGGGCAUCAGGAUGGAGGAGUUCGACAUGAGCAAGCACUGCCCAAGUACAUUACCGCAUCACUUUUUGCCAGAGCACGAGCUGCAGAAGUCAAUGCCAUGUUGAGGGCUGUCUCAAAGACAACAGGUAGCUCCCAUGUAUUUGGAGCUCUGCCAAAGCAUAUGCGCAGAAGAGCCAUGAGCCACAACACCAAGAGAUUGCCUUGCCGACUGAGAGAGAUGGCACAGAGAAUGUUGGAGAAAAGUCAGCAAGCAGGGAAGAAAGAGAAAAAAGAGCAAUCAAAGACCAAAAGUCGGCGUGCCCGCCGCCGCCAUGGUAGCUUGUUGUUGGAGUUUAAUCGACGGCAGCGUAAGAAUAAAUGGUUAGAGACUCACAUCUGGCAUGCCAAGCGUUUUCACAUGCUGAAGAAAUGGGGCUACUGCCUUGGAGAGCGACCCACAUAUAAGUGCUACAGAGCCAGCUAUAGGGCCAUGAAUUCUGGCUGCCUGCUGCAGGACCUCUCAUACUAUUGUUGCAUGGAGCUCCAUGGUCCAGAGGAGCAACUACUGAAUGCACUCUCCAGGCUCACCAACAAAGAUGCAGGCCCAACAUUUGCAGCAGCAUCGUGCGUGUCAGGGCAGAAAGAGGGGAGAGUUAUGCUUUACAAGGCUGAUCAGUACCCUCACCAGCCCCUGGGCCCUGUGCGCUUCCUCUGGAGGCCUUGCAGUACUACAUCACCUCACAGACAGCUGUGGAUCUGGGUACAUCCCUCCCUAAAACAGGAUCUUCUACCAGAGUUGCAGGCAGUGUGCCAGUGCUUUGAGGCAGUGGGUCCAGCUGGUGUAGAAGUGGUCCCAUCAGAGAACCUGGUAGAAGCAAGUCUUAUUUCACCUGUUCUUUCUGAGUUCAGCCCUGAGCCACAGUGUACCAGGAGAAAGAGAAAAUUGGAAGCUGACAAUGAGAAUGACUGCCCUGUCCGAAAAAUUGUGGGUAAUGGCACGCGAUCACUUACGACUCCUGUUAGUUGGAGUUCCUGCAAUACUGAGAUUGUGAUCAGUGAUCUCACCAUGGAAAUCGUACGGUAUCGUCUGAUUGGUCCGCUCUCCCACUCGGUUCUGACUGAGAUACUUGUACCAGCAACUGACUGUGAGAGUAAUACCAAAAUGACAUCUUCCCCUUUCUGGUGGCCAGAGGAGUGUAAGAAAGAGGAGAGCAUGUCCCUACAUCGCCAACAAACAGAUGUUUUUCAGCUGCUGAGAGGUGUAUACUCUAUGGCUGAGCUCCCACCAGGGUGUGUUCUGGGGCUGACUGUAGACGACCCAAGACUGUCUUUGUCUGCGAAACGGGGAAAAGUUACGCCUGACCUUCACCGGACACAAGGUGGUGUUGAGGAACAAAGAAGAAAUUUGGCACUGAGAGGAGUCUCUUCUGUCUGUGCUCAAAGUGCCCUAUGGGAGAAAUCUGUCCGAGAGAAUGUUACAAACAACAAGAUUUCAGAACAGGAUCUGAACAGGAUGAAGAGGGAGUUGUUAGUUCCAGGGUCCAGGUUGCUGACCCCUGCACAGAGCCGAGUGCCAAUACUGCUGGUUAACCAGGCAGGGAAACAGCUGGGAGAGGAGCGGCUUGGAUGGGGAUCCGGUUGGGACUUGCUCCUGCCCAAGGGUUGGGGCAUGGCAUUUUGGGUACCUUUGGUGUACUGUGGUGUACGUGUUGGGGGUCUCCAGAUGAGUUUAAAACACUCCCAGUAUAAAAGGAUGCCCCAUUUUCCUCAUGAUUACCCAGACUGCCCUGCAGGUGUCCGCUUCCAGGAGCAGCAGGAGAUUGAACUGCUGGAAAAGUUUAAGAGACGCCCACCUUCCAAACGCACAAACUACAUCAAAUAUGGCUGCGCGACUCCUUUCCGGUGCCCCUGGCAACAACUGGUAGAGGAAUGGGAGAAGGGAGUGAAACAGCAUGAAGACAACCAAGACACCAAGACAAUUAAAAUAAAAGACAUGACAUCACUCUCUGGAGCUGGCCCGAACCCAGCAUCUGCCUUUAUUGUUCUAAGGAGCCGAAAGGUGCUGAGGCAACUGUCAGUCUGGUGUCGGCCAUCUUCAUACACUCGGAAAGCACUGGGUGGUUCCUGUGCGCUGCCGUUAUGCCCUGACGUUAUCAUAUCUCUGCAGGCAGAGUGGAAGCGCUGUGUGUUGUGGGUACGUUUGAGUGCUCUGGGUAAGGGGCAGCCUGCACUUCAUGCCAUGCUUUGUGUGCCCACCACUGAAGACCUGCUACGCUUGCGUGAAGACCCCCAGUGGUGUGGCCCCAAUGAACCGCAACACACAGACCACCUAAAGCACCAGCUGAAGAGGAGGGGCAAGAGAGGCGAAGCGGCACUAUGCUGUUCUGCUCUUAAGGAAGAGGAAGACUGCAACAUUCCUGAAACGGAUGAUGCUAGUUCUGCUUCCAAGAUGGAAAAAAAACGUGUUCUUUUCCAUAUUAAUCAACACUCUGACCCUUCUGUUGUGCUCAGAGAUCCUCUCCCCAAGCCCAGUGCAUCAGUUACUGCAGAUCCUAGCCACUCCUGUGUUGAAUCUCUUUCCUUUACUGGCUGCAGUAAUUCAACUUUAGUGCAAGGAUUGUGGACUAAGCUACUGCCCAAUAUGUCAUCUCACUGUUCCCGUAUGACCCUAGGAUGGGUGGUGCAGGGCGAUUUCUCCCUGGCAACAGGAACGGGGGAGGCUUUAGGAUUUGUAAGUUUGGUGGGCCUCCUGCAAACACUUCUUGGGCAAUCACCCGAUCAGCGAGGCAUUGUGCUUCUGCGCAAUCCCACCUCCCUCCAGUACCGCUUCGCAAGACUCCAUAUAGAAGCCUGAAGCACUGCGUAAUCACUGCACCACUACCGCACAAAUGGAUCAGCAUCAGUACCUGAAGUUCAGUUUACUGUUCCAACACAGUUGUACAUCUAAGAUCAUAUUUCUGUUUUAUACAGAUCUGCAUUAAAGCCGUUGGAAAUUCUGCUUGGAUAAAGUAGAAAAAAUAGGUGAAAAGAAACUAUGUAAUACAGCACACAUUAUUUUUGUCAAUCUUAAAACUCCAGACAGCACAUGUUCCCACAGACUAUUAAAUCGUCUGACUUAAUAGUUAUCACAGUAGUUGGCGAAUCCCGAUGCUAUAAUCAGUCGUGCUGUAGCUUAUAUCAUGCAAUACUAAAUAAAGUAUCAAUUGAGAUGUG